AUGUCGCUGCUGGAUUGGCUGCAGGCCGCCAGGGUGAAGACUCUGGGGGCUUGCCUGGGGCCGGCGAUGGUGGCAUCGGGACUGGCCAUGGCGGGGGGCGGGGAGACGUCUUGGGGGCCAUUUUUGUGCUGCGGGCCCGCGGCACUGCUCAUACAGGUGGGCACCAACCUGGUAAACGAUGCCCUCGACUUCCAGCGUGGUGCAGACACCAAGGAGCGGGUGGGCCCACGGCGCCUGACCCAAUCUGGCGUUGUGUCCCCCACUGCUGUGCAUGCUGCUGGCGUCGCCUGCCUCCUUGCCUCCCUCCUCUUCUGUCUUCCUGCCUUCAUCGCAAGAGGCCCACGGUUGGUCAUCCUGGUGUUGUCCUGCUGUGUAAUGGGCUACGCCUACACUGGAGGGCCGUUGCCACUGGCGUACCUUGGCCUGGGUGACUUGGCAGUGUUUUUGUUCUUUGGCAUCGUUGCUACAUGUGGCGCCAAGCAGGUGCACCAAGAGGGAAACCUGUGGGGCCCUGACGCCGUGACCGCAGGAGCACAGGUGGGUUUGAUGGCCGUCAACAUGCUGGCUGUGAACAACCUGAGGGAUGCCAAGACGGACGUCCUGGCGGGCAAGAUGACUGUGCCCGUGCGGUUCGGCGUCGGAGUGGGCAAGGCGCAGGUUGUGGCAGAAACGGCUUUGGCAUACGGCCUAGGGUGGCGAUGGGCAGCGGUGGGAGCGACGUGGGCGUGGGCGGGGCCGCUGGCAACGCUGCCCGUGGCACUUGUCCUGCUGUGGCGUGUUGUGAGCACAACGCCAUCCAGGGAGUGGAAUGGUCUUCUGGCCUUGGCGGGGUUGGUUCACGUGCUGUUCUGCGCAGCGCUGGGCAUUGGACUCAUGACGUCGUCAGCCAGGUUGUUGUGA